AUGUCCGGCUCCUGCUGUGGCUCCACCUGCUCCUCCUCGGGCUGUGGAGGAGGUUGCUGCCAGCCCUGCUGCUGCCGCGACCCCUGCUGCUGCCGCCCCGUGUCCUGCCAGACCACCGUGUGCCGCCCCGUGACCUGCACCUGCCGCUGCACGCGCCCCAUCUGUGAGCCCUGCCGCCGCCCCGUCUGCUGUGACCCCUGUGGCCUGCAGGAGGGCUGCUGCCGCCCCAUCAGCUGCUGCCCCACGUCCUGCACGGCCGUGGUCUGCCGCCCCUGCUGCUGGGCCUCCACCUGCUGCCAGCCCAUCUCUGUGCAGGCGCCCUGCUGCCGCCCCCCCCUGCUGCCAGCCUGCCCCCUGCCGCACCACCUGUAGGACCUCCCCCUGCUGCUGAGAAGUGUACUGACCAUCUAGAACAAGCAAUCAACCUUCU